UAGCAAAAGCACUUUCAUAUGUAGAUUUAGACUGAUAUCAAGAGUUAAAGCAAAUAUCAGUUGACAUAUAAUUUUUGUUUAAUCUUCUGAUUGCAGAAUUAGAGACAGUGUUGUGGGCUAUACGAUUGUUAGUCACAGCCUAUGUUGUCAAAUCACAUCAGACACAAUCCCAAAUACAACAAGUUAGGUUUAAUGAGAAUGGAAGACAUUUAACUUAAUUGCAAUUGUGAGAAAACCAUAAGAGUGAUUGCUGCUAAAAUAGCAUCAGUGCAGUGUUGGGUUUCCUACUCCACUUAGUCACUGACUAUCACUGUACAGUGGAUUGAAAUGUAGAACAAAAUUGUCUUGUUUCUACACACACACACACACACGCACACACACACACACACCAUCUUUCUCUCUCACACACACUCUCGCAGACACAGACCCACACAUUCUCUCUCACAAACACACAGUCUCAAGAAUCCCAGAACUUCUAUCCUGAUACUACCUGGAACAUCUCCUUCACUUCUACUCUACUGAACUACUGUUUGUUCAGAGGGCCAUAGAAUGAGAGGUGCAGUGUGAGUACAGUAAUCCCACUCUUCCUGUCCAUGCCAAGGGCUCCAGUUUCAUACACACUUCCUGCUUAUGCCAAGGUACUCCAGUUUCAUACACACUGAUGAGAAAGUGUGUCUGACGACCUGUCACCUGGACUAAAGGUUCCUGAGAAUCGAGUAUUGAGGCAUCAGGUGAGGUCAUAUAAAGCGUCAUUUACAGUGCAGCCUCUCAAAUGGCCUUUGAAAUUGUCAUAUAACUCAACAUAAUAAUUCUCCGUUGUAAUGUUUGUUACAGUGGCAGGGCAUAGCGACAUAACAUGAACUUUGGUCUUUUGUUGUUUUUCUCUUUUCUUUAAGGCUUUUGUUUUCAUAAUUGCACUGAAUAGUUGCCUGUAGUUCAGCUUCACCUGUUACUCUCCCUGUCUCUCUUUGUGUCUCUUCGUCUCCUUUCAUCAACACGCUUGCUUUUAAUCUCAUGUUGUCUUGCCUUUCAUCCCUGGUUUUGUGUGGAUUCCAGGUUACAAAGUUCAGGGUGUGUUGGUCUGCAGCAGUCUGUAAGGGCUGAUGCCUAAUCUCUCCCUGAGGUUUUCACUUGUUCUCUGAGAAGGAGCAGGUUUAAAGCAAGAGUUGAUGGCUUUUGCAUACUGCCGACUGUAAACGUAUGAAGUCACAUUGAUUGAUCAUGGGCUGUGUCUACAAAUCAUCUCUGAGCUACAGCAGUCAUGAUGAAUGUUAAGGAGCAGGAUGAUAUUGAACAGCCACGCUCCUCUGACUUUCUGACUUUCAUCGGACAACAAGGCUACAACGCAUCCCUGUGCGUCAUCUCAGAGCGGAUGAGACAAGGUCCAGGAAAAGAAAGAAAAUGACCCAACUGUUACGUCAGCUGAUUAAGUCAACUUCCUUCCGAUAAUCUCUCUUGUCCGGCAGGUUCACACAAGUCCAUGUUUGUUCUUCCUGCGGGCCCCACAUGGAUUCGUUCAGCUUCCCCCUUGAGAGGAUGAGCAACCUGGACAUGCACCCCCUGAGUUUCCCCAUCAGUAGGUUAGCCCCUGCAAAGUCCUCCAGUAGCAUCGACCAGUACACCCACCACCACGGCAAGGGCGACUCUGCCUACAGCUCGUUCUCUGGUGGCUCCAACGCGCCCGAUCUCUCCUCUCCCUUCUUCCCCGACGACUUUCAUGCCCACGGCCUUCAUUAUGCAGACUUUAAGUACAUGAACUCCGCAUUUAACUUGGCCGGAGAGUCCGAGCCCAAAAGCAUGGACCAGCUGUACCGCUCCAUGGAAGCCUUCACGACGCAGUGCAACCAGGAAGAUGCCACCCACUGCAGCAAUGGCAAUCAGCAAUGUAGCAAAAAACAAAUGUCCCCCACGAUGUCUCUUCCACCCCCACCUCCACCACCGCCUCCUCCACCUACUCGGCUUGAAAGCCUGGUCACCAUCAGGAAUAUGGAGAACCUUCUAUCACGACAAGUCCCCGAAGGGCAAAUAGCUGACAGGUCGCACCAGAGGGCCUAUACAUCGCCAGCACCACCACCGCCACCACCGUUUUUUCCCAGCAUUCCUGGCUCAGGCCCUGACUCAGCAUAUUCCUUCCCGGUCCCCCAGACUAUCCAGGGUGAUCCAGUGAACCGAGACGCCUCUGGUCAGCAGAAGUCAGCAAACACCUUAAGCCGAUUGGCCCAGAAGUACCCGAGCCCGGCAGUGGAGCAUGACAGCCAACCGGCUGGUCAGCAGGGUCACGUCGCCCAAGGAGACGCACAGUGCAAGAGGGCACACUCUGCCCACGCCGCCCUGCCUCCUGUGCCCAUACGGCCAGCCGACUCCUGGCAGCAGCCUCCUCAUCCUUCUCCUCCGAGUGCGAUCAACGGGAGCAUCCAGCACAAGGGGCACUUCUACUUUGUGACCGGCGUUUGCAAGACGGAAGGACCACCCGGAACCAAGCCAGUGGCUCACAUGUCAGAUAACUCUGGUGUUGAUUCACGUAAGCCUGUGGAGAAAGAGAGAUUCCAUGUUCCAGAUGGUGGUAUGCAAAGAUCCACCAAUCAUAGACGUAACAGUUACGACACACUAAGUGAAAGGGAGCAUUUCCCCCGUGCCCAGGAGCUGAGUGUGAGGAAGCAAGAUGCCGAUGGGUACUUGGAUAAUGCUCUUCUCGGUAGCAAACAGGCGCCACACAUUUCUGAUGCCCAAGAGCCAGGGCAGAGACUCUUAGGCAGGGAGAUCACAGGCAGACAUCACAGUUCUGCCCAUCCAAUCUUCUACUGUGGCCCUGAGGAAAGUGUUCCACACGUGCAGCCAAGUGUCCCACAACCAACUCCUAUCCCGCCUCCUGUGGCAGAGCCGUCCAUUCACACAGAGAAGCAAGAGGAGCAAGCGAGGAAGGUCAGGAAGCAGCCUUUAGAUGUGGUGCCCCGUGAGAAAAUAAGCAAGGAAAAUACCCCUCUGCUCUACCACCUCACAGGGGCCAACAGAAUGGCACUCAUGAACAAGUUCAAAAACGAUUCUGACUCCGGAAUGAGCUGUAGGAAUCCACAACAGCCAGAGAAAGAGCGAGCCAACUCGAAAGAAGUAAAAGGCACAAGCAUCUUCAGUGACCAGUGUGAAGACUCUAAAAUGAAGACACCUGUGGACAAAAAUCUGGACAACUUGUCUUAUCCCACGCUGGACGAUUCCUUUAAGAAAUACUACAAAGAGAAGCUAAAGGACGUCCAGUCCAGAGUGCUCAGGGAGACUUCUUUCAAAAGGAGGGACCUGCAGCCUCACAAGACUAAACAGAAGCGUGAGCAACAGCAGCCUGUCCUCCAGGUAUUCACUUCCGCCCAGGACCCUCUGUACACAGUGGACAAGCCGAGUCGUCUGUGGUCACAGCACCAGUCACAGGUGUCCGAUACCAAGAGUAGGAAUGACAACCCCAGGGAGAAGACCUGGGAGCCAGCUGGAGGAGAGAGUGAAAAAACAUUUGGGAAGGAGAAAGAAAGGAAGUCUGCCCAGGAGAAUGAAUUGCAUAGUGUGGAUAUAAGGGUUGAGGAAACAAGGAAGGAUGUAGGGGUUGAGGAAUCGAAGAAGGAUGUAAGGAGUGAGGAAACAAGGAAAGUCCCCAAAGUAGCCCAGCCACAAGUGGCGCGCAUUGGAGGCCGAAAGCGGCUAACUCAGGAGCAGAAGAAGAUGUGCUACUCCGAGCCGGAGAAACUUCACAAGUUGCUGGAUGCGCCUACCCACAAGCCCUCGCACUCGCUGGGCAACGAGGCAGAGUGCCUACUCACGGACGAUGACCUGGGAGACCAGGGUCUGGUGGCUGCCCGGAGGAAGCUGUUUGAGACACGGGGUCGCGCCUUGUCUGCAUCCAGCCUGUCCAAGACCACCCUGAAGCACCUCCAGCACAAGGCCCUCGUGGCCUACAUGGAGCGGAAGACAGGCCAGAAGGUGACUGAGCCCCAGCAGCCUUGUUCUCAAGUGACUAGCCAAAGGCACUCCACAUCGGGCAGGACCUCCGACUGUGGCCCCAGGCUUCACCACGGCAAUGGAGGCUCGAAGAAGAAACUCCACAGGCCCCUCUCUGCCGGGCGCAUACUGGACUCUUCCUCUAGCUCCAUCCGGUAUGCCCAAUUCGGUUCCACGUCUUCUGGUGAGCAUUCCCGACAGUCUAGCUGGAAGGACGUGCCGUCGGCGUCUCCAAGUAAAGCCGCCUCCGUGGAGAGUCUGCUGGAUCAACCAGAACUGUCCAGAUUCUACCGCGCCCGCUCCAAGUCAACACCUCAUGCCCUCCAGGAUUCCAUUAGCAUCAGUGAUGCUUCAUCAACAGAUUCAUCAAGCACUCUGAAAGGAGACGUGAACACAGUAGCGGGUGUCCCCCAGACUGCUGCUGUUGCUGCAGUGGUUCCCGAGGAACGUCGCCGGGUGAUGGCCCCGCGAGGGAAGUCCAUGGAGGAGCUGGGUGUGUCAAAGGUCAUCAGGCCGGCGUGUCUGAGCCGGAGCUCAGAACAAUUGGACCAGCUCUGCAGUGGCAGUGGCCGUAUGCCUAGCUCAGCAAACCCCAGCUCUUACCAAAGCAGAGAGAAGAGGAGUGUAGCAGCGUCAGACAGGGUCCAGCUUGGUGAAUGUACACAGAGGUGGACCGGGCACCAGGAGGGCUGGGCGGAAGCCAUGCAGAUGGACAUUCAGCACAGCAGGGGUGAUUCCACCUCCAGUGUUGGAUCACUUCCUGUAGGCGCAGGGGCACAGCCUGACUUGGCACAGUCCUCUGGCCUGGUGUCGACAGGAACAGAGACAAAGCCCAGAGGGUACCCAGUGGAGGGCAAACCUCUGCCAAGUCUGUAUCCGACAGAGGCUCCAGUGCCCCCUCGUAUGAAGGAGUGGAGUGAGGUGAAGCAGCCAGACUCCUCUCAUGAGGUGGCCCUUAGUCACGGUGUGACCACCGACCCUAGUUUGUGGCCUUCUCCACCGGGUGAUGAUGAUGACGGAGAAGAUGAAUACAAUGCCAUGGGAAUGGAGACAAUGCACAAUGUCCGGUUGUCACAGUCCGAGUCUCCCAGGGCAACUCCGGUCACUGAGGCCAAUGCGAGUGUGGGGGAGAAACUAGAAAGGGAGAGGGGGGAAGAGAGGGAGGAAGAGAGCCAGCAGGAGCGAGAGAUGAAAGACAGGGAACAGGAAGUCGCAUCAGUGGGGGGAAAUCGGACAGAAGAACCAGAGAGGAACGCCCCUCCACCACCACCACCACCACAGCAGCAGCAACAGCAGCAGAAGACACAGUGGGCGGCUCUAGUAGAGGAAGUGGCCUCCGCCGACCAAUUUCUGGCAGUCUUACUGCGCCCUGUGGCCAAUCGCAAGACAGCUCUGAUGCUGAUGGAGCAGCUGCUAUCUGAAGACACCCUGCUGAUGGAGGAGCAUUACAAGAAGAAGCAAGAGGAAGGGAGGGCCUCUGGCCUGGAGGAGAAACAGCAGCAGGAGGAGGAGGAGGAGAAGAGGGCCCAGAGGGCAAGUGCUGUUGAGGAGCAGCCUGGCCUCUCCCCCAGUCCCUCUGAAGAAGUGUGCUCUGAGCCUCAGCAAAACGGUGCUGCAAGUCUAUCUGGUGCUGAUGUGACUGAGAAAAAGAGGCAGCUGCUGGCCUGUGUGGAGGAGCGUCUGAGUGCUCUGGGGGAGCAGCGCUGCGUCUUGCAGCAGGAGGAGGAGGAGAAUGGGGCGCGCGGGGCGGCCAUUACGGCCCUGGUGGCCGAGCGCUGCAUCCCCGCCGAGCAGGAACGCUACUCACUCUUCAUAGGUGACCUGGAGCGCGUGGUCAGCCUGCUGCUUUGCCUGUCUGCCCGACUGGCACGCGUGCAGAACGCCCUCAGCGCAGUCACCGAGCACACGGACGAAGAGGAGAAGCAAUCUCUGGACAACCGCCACCAUCUCUUGUGCAAGCAGCGGGACGAUGCCAAAGACUUGAAGGACAACCUGGACCGGCGCGAGCGUGUGGUCUCCACGUUCCUCUCCAAACACCUGACAGCUGCCGAGCUCCAGGACUACCGGCGCUUCGUCCAGACCAAGGCCUCGCUGCUGAUCCGCCAGAAGGACCUGGAAGAGAGACAGCGUCUGGGAGAGGAGCAGAGGGACGCCCUGCUCAACAGCCUCCCUCCUUAGAUGGGAUGGGGGGGUCAGGGUGUGUGUGUGUGUGUGUGUGUGUGUGGGGGGGGGGGGGGGGGGGUGCUCACCUGCAAUGUCGUCUCCCUUACCCCUACUGUCCCUGCAUGCUUUAUAGUGUGAAACUGUCGAUAAACUUGCCUUAUCGAUGAUAAACAAUGAACAUGCCUUAUCGUGUGAAACUAGUCUAUAUACUGCAGCAUGGCCCCUGUGCGCCUUCCUGUUUGUGGAUGUACUGGAGUGUUGGACUUCUGUGUGGGAGGGGGGUGUCCUAUUAUUGCCUCAUCUGAGUAGUUGCUGGUUCAGUUUGCAUAACAUUUCAGUGUGCACAUUUUCAGAACAACGACAGCUUUAAGGCUUUAAGUGUAGUUUGGACGAGUUCUCCAGUAGUAUUUUUGUAAAUAUUAAUUUCAAAAUGAAGUGAAGGCACUCUAAACAAAACCAAAAAAAGGAAGAAUGAUAAAAAUGAAGAAAAAGCACUUUGAUAUUUACAUGCACUCAAAUACAAAUGUCUUUCUGAGAAGUUUCCUCUCUACCUUUUAAUCAUUCAGUGCCUUUAUUUAUAUUUCACGUUUUAUGUUUUGAGUGGCUCUGGAUGGAUACUAUGAUCAUAAAAGACGUGAAUGUGGCACAAUUCAAUGGUCUUAUAAUGGUUUAUUUACAUUAUUUUACCUUUAAAUUAGUAAGUAAAUAUUUAUCCUUUUAUUUCAACAGUUGUCUUUAUAUUGUACUGUGCUCUCCAAUCCCAGAAGGGCUUGAUGCAACCACAGAAACGCCAGUUUCUUGAAUGUUGAAUGUCGUCUGAUAACUGAAUUGACGUUUCCAGGUAUUUCUCACCCAAACCCUACUGACAGAGGUGUUUACAAGUCUCUGUUAACACAUGUAGACUAUUUAUCCAGACAUAUGUAGUCAUUUCUGACUUGGGACACUGGAAUGUCCUCUGUGUGUCAUUUAUAUGUCAAACUACCUUAAUGUAUGGAUGACCUUUAACCUGAUGAAAGGUUGGACUAAUGUUGCUUUUGAAAUAAGAAUAGAUAUGUGCUUGAGACCUAUUCAAAGCUCUUCACUGAAUUCAGGUAAAUGUUUUUUUUUUAAGAUCUUGCUUCAUUUGAAGGGAUUCAUACUGGGCUAUCGCCACCCUUCCUUUAUAAUAAUCAAAUUUUAGAUUAUCAUCAAUUGCAGCCAUCUCUACCCAACGCACGUGGUUAGUGUGUUGUCAGAGUUUGUCGUGUUGUUUUUAAGGCAUUAUGUACAUGGUACAUGAACUUAUUCAGCUGAGCAUUCUCUGCGGUGUCCCUUUUCUUUUUCACAUGCCAUAUGUCACAAAUGAGUUUUCUAAAAUAUCUAAGAAAUAUUUUCCAUUCAAACAUUUCUCCUGAGAUUUAUGCCCACUGGCAUUUCAGUUGGAUAAACAUAAUGGAUGUUUGUGUUGGCCUUUGCUCAGAGCGCGACCUCAAAGGUUAAGUGACCCUAUGUCUCAGAGGGGUUGUGUUUAUACAGCCUCAAAGAAUUGGAAAAAAAAAACAGCACUGCAUUACAUUACAUUAACGCACAACCAACAAAAGAUCACAUUCUUGCUUUCAAUAAGCGCACACUAUUUCCUGUUAUGCACAUGUCUACAUACAUACACAUGUUGUCCAUUGAUCCAUUUCAGUUUAAGCUGCACUUCACAAUAGGCGUUUCUUUGUUUUGUCAGCAUUUCCAAGUGUGCAGGUUUUUUGUUAUGGGUUUGGAUUUGGACAGUGCUGUGGGCGAGAUUGGAUUAUGUAAUGAAACUCGUGGAAGUGGUUUGUCACAUGGUCGUGUCCCUUUGUUUGUUAAAAUAUCACAUCCAUAUCACUGUUUCUGGUGUUUGGAAUUGACAUAAACAAGUCUACAACAUAUCUUUUACCGUCCAUUUGACUGGUCUGUGUAUUUUUUUACUAGAAGACUAGUUUUUUUGAAUGUUAAUGAUUUUCUUUUGUUUUUGUUUUAAUGUGAAUAAAUUACACAUUUCAGUUUUGUGUUCAAUUUAAGACACAAGUUGCUUUAAUUACAUGUGUGCUGUGCCUUCUUAAAUUAGGCAAUGGUUGACCGUGCCUUAUCUAAUUCAGGACUGGCUAUUCAGAUCCUUGAAUUACCUUGUUAUCAAUGUCCACACAUUUUUUAGAAAUGGAUUUUGUGCAACUGCAAUCAGAUGCUUUUAAUUUCCCUGUCAUAAUGAUUGAGUAUCAAAAAGAGAAUGCUUGUGAAAUAAAUGGAUUAAUGUUUUC